CUUGUUUGUUUGCUGAUCAUGAAAUUUUAAAAUUAAAAUUCUCAAAAAGAAAUAAAGUCGCAUAGAAGUGAUUCUCUCAAUAUAAAAUUGUGUGAGCCUAUGUUUUGUCUAUUGAUUCGCCUGAAAAUCGUAUUUUGUGAGAUAUUUGCUCAGAAAAGUUGCAAUCCUGGCGACCACAAUGUCUAUGCCACAUAGCAGCUCUUCAACUGCUAGCUCCAGCACCAAGCGCAAAGAAAUUUACAAAUACCAAGCCCCAUGGCCCCUGUACUCCAUGAACUGGUCGGUGAGACCAGACAAGAGGUUCCGGCUUGCCCUUGGCAGUUUUGUUGAGGAGUACAAUAAUAAAGUGCAGAUCAUAUCCUUAGAUGAAGAGACCAGUGAAUUCAGCCCCAAAAGCACAUUCGAUCACCCCUACCCCACCACCAAGAUCAUGUGGAUACCCGACAGCAAGGGAGUGUAUCCUGACCUUCUGGCCACCAGUGGUGAUUACCUGCGCAUCUGGCGCGCGGGGGAGCCCUACACCCUCUUCGAAUGCGUCUUGAACAACAACAAGAAUUCAGACUUCUGCGCGCCUCUGACCUCAUUCGACUGGAACGAGGUGGACCCGAACUUGAUUGGCACGAGUAGCAUCGACACCACUUGCACCAUUUGGGGGCUGGAGACUGGUCAGGUGCUGGGUAGGGUUAACGAGGUCUCGGGGCAUGUGAAGACACAACUGAUCGCUCAUGACAAGGAGGUGUACGACAUAGCGUUCAGCCGCGCGGGCGGCGGCCGGGACAUGUUCGCGUCCGUGGGCGCCGACGGCUCCGUGCGGAUGUUCGACCUCCGCCAUCUCGAGCACUCCACCAUCAUCUACGAGGACCCGCAGCAUACGCCCCUGCUGCGGCUGGCGUGGAACAAGCAGGACCCCAACUACCUCGCCACCGUCGCCAUGGACGCUUGCGAGGUGAUAAUCCUGGACGUGCGCGUGCCGUGCACGCCCGUGGCGCGCCUCAACAACCACCGCGCGUGCGUCAACGGCAUCGCCUGGGCGCCGCACAGCUCGUGUCACAUCUGCACAGCGGGUGACGACCACCAAGCCCUGAUAUGGGACAUCCAGCAAAUGCCGCGCGCGAUUGAGGACCCGAUACUGGCGUACACCGCGGCUGAGGGGGAAGUCAACCAGAUUCAGUGGGGCGCCACGCAGCCUGAUUGGAUCGCUAUAUGUUACAAUAGACAUACUGAGAUACUUCGUGUCUAGAUGUGUAUUGUUGCCAGGUACAAUAAGGCCCACAAGCUGUGAUGUCAAAAAUUUUAAUGUCAAAAAUGUCACGGAUAAUCGCACCUAAAAUACCACUCGACCUGGCAAUUUCACUCGAAUAUAAACUUGAGUUAAGCGCAAUCCCAGGGAAUGAUAGAACUAUGAUAAGCAUGGAAUACGUAAUGCACAAAAAAUUUAUGCCAAAUCAAAAGGGACCUUAUGGCGCCCGGCAUUUACGCCAUUAUUGCCGUUGUUUUGUAUUCGAACAGCGGCAAUGAAGAGCUAAAUGACAGCCGCCAUAAGGUCCCUAUUUAUAUGGACGGCCACAUAUACCUAUAUACCUACUUCAUUUUUGGUGAAUAAAUAAUAUUAUUUAUUUAGAAACAAUGAAGACUAUACUGAUAUCGGGGCGUCCGCUGCGUUAGCCAGAGUGCGCAGUGGCUUUUACCCGUCUCUUUCAUAAAUAUUGCGCGAGAAUGAAAUGGGAGACCCGCGACGGAGUCAUUUCAUUUUUCGACACUCGACAUAAUUUUUCUAGGUCGGUAUUUGUACUUGGCAAUAUAAGGCGCUUUGUUCCGAGGCACCAGCGCCACCAUAGCAUUUUUUUCAGUUUCUUUUAUUUCUUAGCGAAAACAAAAACAUAUUUCCACAGCCAUAUACCUAAUAACAUUAUUUAUCUAGUGCGGCAUAACCUGUUAAAAUAUUUUUUUCGCUAAAAAAUUAAAUUAUAGUGUUCGGCGGUACAAAGCGCCUUAAUGAAUUUUAAUAUUUUUAAGACUGAAAAGUAAUGAAACUUUUGCAUUGUAAAAUUUUAUUCAAAGACGCAACUAUUCGUGACUGUACCUAUUUAAAAACAAUUUUUUUCUCAAAAAAAUUUCUCUAAAAACAUUUUGUCUAUUGUAGACUUUGACUUUCAAAACAUGAGAGACACACACAGAUACACAGAUAAUUUCUGUUAGUUACUUUCUAACUGGUGUAACGUAUACUAGUAGUUCAGCAAAGUUUGACCUGAAUGUAAUAUCGAUGUGUGCAAGAUUGGAAGAAUUUUGGUCUCAAAUUAUAAGACGAUUUCGCAUUUAUUGUGUAAAAGGCAAAGAUUGAGAACCUUCCCCUAAGAUUUUAUUUAUAUUUAUGAAAAAAACGUAUUGUAAUUAUUUGUAAAUAUUAUGGAAAAAUUACAAAUUGACAUGUAAAAUUGAAGUGUCGUGUAGGAACAUAAUAUAACACAUGCAUAUGUAUAUAACAUAUGUGUAUAUGACACAACACUUUGGGUACCCAAAAUAUGAACUCAUAAACUUACCCUGUUAUUUCUAAGCAUACUUUAUUUGUUAUGUUUAUGUUUUCUCUCGUUCUGUCAAUGCCAAAUAUUAUAAAGUGAGAUAGUGACAAAACAUACUUUAGCUCAAAGUACGCUUUAUCUUUUUAAUAACAGGGUUAGUUCAUUAGUUCAUUAUAAGUGUAAGUCCUCGUACGAUGAUUGUAAUACUAGGUACUACAAUUCCGUGUUUUUAUUUACAUUUGACUCGACAUUAGCUGAGUUUUGUCAAAGACUUGAGGUUGACCCUUAUGUUCUGUGUGAUAAGACCCAUAAUAAGUAUAUAUCUGUUCGUUUUUGUGGGAUGUUUUGUUUGGCCUUCAUUCCUACAUAGCCUAACAUUUCGGUGGUUAAUGGGAAGCGAAUUUUUAGUAGCGCAAUCGUGCUUCCCUGUCCACUUGUUUAUUAAUAAUCCUUAGUUUUUCAAUUUCGUAGAUUACGCAGGCAAUUCUUUACAGAAUGAUUCUGAUGACCGUGCAUUUUUUAUUGUUAUAUUUUAUGUCUAAAGUUUGUAAAACGUAGCUUGAUCUCUGUGACAGAUUAAACUAAUACAUCCGUCUCUGUCGCUCUCGUUUCGAAUGUAUCGGUUCAUCCUGCUGUCACAAGGAUCGUGUUAUAUUUUACACGCUAUGCAGCAUUUGCCAGCUCAUAUAUUAGGACAUAUCCAACACGAUCCACAAAAUUGAACAGCGACCCCCUAAAACCUCGCAUAAAGGUCUAGGGAUUAGUAUUAGCGAAAAGCGCAUGGCUCCCCUUGUAUAGCUGAAUUGACAUUGUGAGUUGUUAGUGAUCUUGUGAUUAAUUAGGCUUAGUAUAUUUAUACAACUAGUUUUAAGUUUUCGUACAUUAUUAUUAAUUAAAUAAUGAAACAUC